GCAGUGUUGCUUGAUGUAGCGUUGUGAACGCCGGUGCGCAGGCGACUCGAACGUUCACUCUACUACGACAGCGUAGUUGGUUGUGACCCAGUGUAACCUAUACAGCCGACAGGAUGCGCUCAGUGGCGAUAAUUAUUCUCGUUGCUAUAUUUUCGCUUAGCAUAGCGCAAGAAGAAACUGAAAAUUAUAGUAAUAAUGACAAAUUGAAUAGCUUGGAACCAACGCCUUCUGCAAGGUUAGAUCCAUAUAUAAGGAAAGCUUUAUUAAAAGCCCUCACUGAUCUUGAAGACAGUGAUAACAUAACGGACAUCCAGACGACUAAUCCAACUGCAGAGACGGAAUAUUUAAAAACAGGUGAAGAUGUGCAAACAACUGUGCAAACAUCUAAGUCAGACAUACAGAUCCACUCAUAUAUAGUUGAUGGCCAAUCCGCUUUCACAAACAGUACAGAUGCGACACCUAUGCUAGAAGAUAGUAAUAUAUCUAUCUUGGGCACAACAGUGGGAAAUGUUGAAAAUCAAUCAUUAGCUACUCUUCCAACAAAAUCUCUUGAUAAAGAAAUUUUUCAAACCAGAGAAAGUAUUAAUUUUUCCCAUCUACGAACAAAACAAAGCCCAAAAAUUGAUAAUAACGAAAAAGAAAACACCUUCAGGCCGACCAUAAAAACAACGACAACACCUACAACUACUACAACAACAACAACUACGUCACCCAAACCGACACAUGAUCUGGACGGUAAAAAUAUCGAAGAAGUAGACCAAAAAGACGUACAAGUUUUUCAAGCUCCCUUAGUUGCAGCUUUCACAGUUCAUCAAGACAGCCAUGGGCUUCCAAAAAGAGUUGUGCCGAUUUACCAACAAACAAAUAUACAGGACACGAUGAAAUUGCCACAAACAACUAACGUACCCACAGGGACCUUACCGCCACAAAUAUUCUCACAGCAGUUUUCUUUAGAAAGGGCAAACAUAAAUAAAAUACCUCAAAAUGACUUUGUUUCCCAACAACUGUUAUUGCAAAGGCAACUUGAAGAAAAGCAAAGAAUUCUAGAGGAACAACUUCAAUUUUUACAACUUCAACAAAGACAACAAGAGGACCUCCUAAGAAAACAACAGUUUUUACUACAACAAAAAGAAGCUCAAAGACAGCAACAAGUUUUAUUCAAUCAAGACCAGUUAAAAAGGCAGCAGAUUAUUGUUGACCAACAAAAAAUUCAAUCAAACCAAAUAUUCAACAACUAUCAAGCGCAAAAAAAUACACAAUCAAAUCGUUUUUCGAACCCAAGUACAGGACUUCAAAGUCAAAACUCCCAAGUAUCAAUUCAACCUAGUGUACAUUUAGAGCAAGUUAAUGUUCUAGCAAAUCAACAGCAACUUCCUAACAGAGAGGCUGUAGAUUUUCUUAUCCAUCUCCGUAGUCAACGACCUGAGCAAUUUCCUCUGCAAGAAAAUCAUCUCCCACAAGGCAUCAGUAAUUUCCUGCUACCAAAUCCAAACCAAUUGCCAUUUCAUCAAGGUACAAAUUUUAAUCAAAUAAGAACAUCUGAAGAUCAAAUCAGACCGACGCAAGGCAGCCGAGUGUUUCGUCAAGAAAAUGGAGUUGGAAAUUUUGGAUUAAAUAAUCCAGAUUAUAAUAGAUUCAACACUUUCAAUCCUAUUUAUACGAACCGUUUCUUUCCUCAUAAUUAUAACCGACAAAACCAAUUUAACGCAGACGCCCAAUUAAAACAAUUACUAGUGCAAACAGGCCUUAAUGGAAAAGCACAUGAAGAUUUAAACAUAGUAUCAAAAGUGUUAUCGUUGAAUCAUGGUAUACCGUUAUAUAACAACGUUUCUAAUAGAUUACCUUUUGACAGCCGAAGAAAUAUUAGAACUUCGUUAUAGAUAUUUAUUUGUGGACACUUAAAUAAUGUAGAAUGAUUACACCUAUUAAUUUCAAAAUUAAGGAUUGGAAAUCAACAAAUAACCCGCAUAUUUUACUACAUCAAGUUCAUUAGACGUAACCAUUAAACAAACAAAAAUCUUUGUUAUUGGCAAUACUUUUUGUUAAUUAGUCAACCAAAGAAGUUAAGCAAGAUAAUGUCUAUUACUUUUCAACGCAGCACACAUUUAUUUUUAGAUUAAAUCAUUAUUUAUUUCGUUAUAAUGUUUAUAAACUGCCAUAAGUAAGUAGUUAAUUUUAGGUAGAUUAUGUUUAUAUUAAAUAAAACCUUUAAUGUAAGUUAAGAAAUAGUACAUAAUAGACUUUUCAAUUUUGAUUGAUUAUAAAAGAAGUUUAUUUUAUAGUGAUUUAAUGUAACAUUGCCGGUCUAUAAAUCUAGGUACUUAUAUAAUAAAAAUAAAAUAAUAAUAGUGUAGGCUCAGAUUGCAAAACAAAAGGUUCUUUAAUCUAUAACUUAGUUAAAGUUACAGGCUUUAUACCUCCCGUUGCUGGACACAGACUUCCACUUAUUACUUAAUGAAAUGAUGUGCAACUAAUCUGCCGUCUAGCUCCAGUGUAUGUUAACGAAGUACACAUGUUCUGAAAUGUUUUAUUCCUUAGACAUGCAGGUUUCUUCACGAACAGUUAUAAUAAAAUAUAUACAAACUAAUUUUUAUUAAUAAAUAGAAAAAGGUAGAAAAAUUUCACAAUAGUAAAAUAUUUUUUUAACAUAAUAAUUUAAUGAAUGAUGAAAAAUUAAGGUAAAAAAUUAUAAAAUAAUAAGUAUGUCAAAUAAACAUCAAUUUCAAAGUACAUAAUAUUGUAUUUUAAAUGUUCUUUUAUUACACCAAUUCCUCACGAUCAGCAGGUUACUUGUUAAUUUACUUUAACAUGUAUAUCGAUAUUAUGUUAAGCAAUUUAAUACUUAAUUAACAUUGAACAAAAUUAAAUGAUGAAAUGAAGUAACUCCAGACCAACAGAAAGACACUCGUAGACCGAGCGCUACGUACUCGUACAUUUCAAGUGAUGCCGAAACCGUGCUUAACUUCUUGAUAUGCGUACACAUCAUUUUUCUUUCUUUUUUUAAUACAGCUUAAAAGUUAACUGCUGAACGCACACAAUGGCACACAAAAUCAUGUUGAUGGUUGCAAAUGUUUUAAAUGCAUAUGUACGUGAGUACGUGUUCUUGCAAUGAUUUAAGUAUGAUUUUGGUGUUACCUGAAAUGUACGCACCGCUCCGUCUUUCUUUCUUCGUUGGUCUGAGAGAAAAAACAAUGUGUUUGAAACAUAAAGAGGCAAUAAAAUAAUAUUUCAAAUGUUCCUUAUGAUAUUUCGUACAAAGAACAUUCAAAAUAAUAUUUUAUCGCCUCAUCUUUUUUUCUACUUGUCCACAUUUUGUAUAAAAGAUAAUAUUUAGGUAAGUGAAAUAUAUAUCAAAUAUACAUGUUUAUGAUCAUAACAAUUUUAAUUCGUUCAUGAGUGUAUAAAUAUGUUUGCAGUCAUUAUAUUUUGUUAAAAAUUUAAAUAUAAAAUAUGAAAACAAAUUUUUGAAUUUUUAAUUUAAUUAGGUACUUGGUAUUAUAUAUUUCGAAACUAUUUCUUUCUUUUUUCAUACGCUACUGCAAAUGAAUCGGAAAGUGUAUUAAAUAUUUCAAACAAUGGGUACUUAGUAAUAUUGUAAUUAAUGAAUAUUGUAUUAAAUUAGUAAUAUUAAACAUUUCUGAAAAUUAAAAGCUUAAACGGUUUUUCAGUCUUAUUAUAGACAUUUAAAAAAUAUUCACUCUGUUAGAUCUCUGAACAGUUUUUUUUCAAGAAUGCGCUAGCCGGCACGCAUUACUUGGAGGAUUAGCUCUUACUCAGUACGAGUACGAUGUGUAGGCGUAUUGGUAAGUGUAAGGCUGAUACCCUCGCACUGAUAAUCCAGCUCCCAACACCAAUCUAUGAAAUUUGGGUUCAGCAGUUUUGAUUCUUUAUUGCACUCAAAAUUAUUAGUACAAAGGCGAACUUAAUGCCGAAAUGGCAUCCUUUGCCAUAUAUUUAGGUUUUAAAACAAUACUCAAAGUUGAUGACUACAAGUUUGACGAACAUUUUAUUUUUAUUUUACAAACUUUAUAUUAUCUUGCUGUCAUCAUAUGUACUACCAGAAAAAAAAUUUGAAGCACUUACUGAUAUCCGACUGAGCUGAAAUUUGGCAUAGUUUUGUAACUUCGAUGACAAUACAAUAAUGAUACCAUGGAGGAGAUCUGAUGAUUGACCCAGAUUCUGAUCCUAUUAAUGCUUAUAACCCCUUGUUUUUAAAUAGAUUUUAUGUAAUAUUGAUAUUAUUAUGAGAUUUGUUUUUAAUUUUCUUAGAAUGGGUACUUAAUGUAUAAAACAGAAAAUAAAUGCAUUACUAUUUAUAGCAGUAAUAACUCUUAGGUAUGUUGUAACAAUAAAGCGUAGUCAUUCUCGUGGUUAUAAAACGCACGAAACAAAAUUUAGUAGAGAAAUUUAACAUCAUCGAGCGGAACUGAAAAAUAGAUCAUUUUUCGCAACAUAGUACAAAAAUCUCUGACAAUAACAGAAUUAAACAGAAACAGAAACUUUUUUAUUCAAUAUAAAUUAUAAAUAAUACUUAUUGAAAGUC